ACAUUUAAAUCACCAAGAAAAUGGCGAAAUAGCGUUUACUUAGUGUAAACAAACCCCGACAGGGAAAUUAAAAUAGUUUUGCUGUCACGUUGAUAUAAUUCUCUUUAAUAUAAUGAAUAGUUCCGAACAAGCCGAUUCAACAUGCACCAUUUCUUCCAAGCACACCGCAGUAAAUCAAUUAAAUUAACUCGUCUUUAUAUUAAUCGCUCGCCAACGCCGGUAAAUAAACUAUCACAAAUGUCAGCAUUUCAAGUGGCGCGCUUGACGACUUCUCGCGAGAUUUUUGUGCGUUCUGUACUUUGUCAGCAGCGGUCCUCCACCAUUUCGCUGCGUAAAGUCUCCUCCCCGCGACCGCUACAUUCUGCGCCGAAACCCAGUCUCUCCCGGUCCGUAAUUUAACUUCUUCCCACAGACCUAGGGGUACCUCGUUGGGUACCGGGAGACAGUUCGGAUCACUGGCAUUACGGAUUGAGUGCGAUUUUUCGCGGAUGACGACUCCUUCAACGAGAAUUUAGUAAAAGAAAAUUGGUCGGAAAUUUCAGAAUAUGUGGAGGGGACCCUAAUUUCAGCAUCCUGGAAGUAGAAAGCACUGAAGAUCUGUGUCUUACACGACAGACAGGUGCAGUGUGUAGCCGGGGCAGCACAGAGGAAGGACGCUCUGGGGAGGAGGCGGCGCGGCAGCACGCCUCUCCGGCUGUGGAUGUGCUGGGUGGCAACCCCCAGGCUGCACAGAAUGUGGCUGGGGAGUCCCCUCGGCAUGCCCCGCAGCCGGUCGCAGCUGCCCCGCACCCAGUCCCUCCGCUCACCGAUCCGUCCACUGUGCCCCUGCUGGAGAGCAACACCCCAACAUUCGCCAGCACGGAGAACGUCCCUCCGACCACCUUGCCUGAGACUGUACCAAUCAGUGGUAACAUCAUCUCAGAAGAGAGCGCUGUCAGAGUUGCAAGAUCUUUGCCAGCGUCCCUCACUGAGGACUGCAGUUCCUCUGCUGAGAUGCAAAGGCUUCCAGCUUCCCUUUGUCCUCCUGUCCCCUCACAGAUUGACAAAACAGUGCAAGAGCUGCAAUACGGGUCACAAACUGAUAAAGAGAAAAGCCACUCAAACAGUCAGACAAACCAGCUUCCUAGAGAAGGUGCUGGACUUGUGGUUAUUACGGGAACAAAGGAAAAACGGUCCAUCACCUUGGAUUAUAAACCAGAGACUGGAACAAAUAUGGAACUUGGUGGAAAAGAGCACACAGGUGGGAAUAUUCUCCCACAACAACCCAAAUCUCAGAUCUGUUUCACAGCCUCAUCUCUCUCUGUCCAAGACGCCACGGAGGGUGGGGCUGUGGAGCAGUCUGACAGGACUCCACCUGUCCAAACAAAUCAAAGCAGCCAUAUACCUCCGUCAGGUGCUGCAGAGCAAGCAGGGAGUCUCCAGGACUCGGCAUCGCCUGCACUCCUUCUGUCCUCAGCCGAAAAUAGAGAGAUUAAACAAACUAACCUGUCAAAAACUCAACCCAAAACUAUCAAGGGGAUCUCAGCUAAUGCUAGAGACGUGCAGAAAAUGGCUUUUUCGGAGUCAGUUGAACACAUUGAAACGCAGCCUCAUUCAGCUGAAAUACUCGAGGCCGCAAAGGCAAGAGAGCUGCUCCCUGGAAUAUACACUUCGACUGGAAAAGGAAGCUCGGCGUCCAGCUGCGGUCCCCUUGAAGGAGCGCAGGUGGAGAGUAGCACGAGCAAAGAGCAAGCUGACUCGUCAGGCCCCACAGUGCUGCAAGAGAUUUCCUCAAAACCUUCCACCGGACCUGCUCUGUUUGACACAGGCCUAGUUGUCUCGCUUCAGGCGGGAGAGGUUAUAAAAGCUGAAACAUCUCACACCUCUGACCAAGUCGCCUCAACAGAGCUCAUCGCGGAGAUUGUGCAUUCUGCCGACACUCAGGAAAUUGUGGUUGUCGGGGAGGAGGCUCAUAUCACCGGGGCCUGGCCCACCGUGCACCUGAAUCAGAGUUACCUUCUGCAGCGAGAGGAUGGCAGCGUCUGCGAAGCCGCCAUCGUCAACGAGCUGACUUCGGAGAUCUCCGCUGGGGAGCCGAAGCUGUACACAGGAAGCGUUCAGACGCAGAUGGAGCUGGGCUCUCAACCUGUGGAAGUGUACGAGUUUUGCAGUCUGGUGGAGGAGGUUGCAGAGGAGACGGUCUGUGCCAGCAGUGCUGCACAGAUGCCUCAUUCUCCUGGAUAUGAGGUGAACUUAUUCAACGCUUUAUUAGAAAACUCUGAGGACCUCGAAGCAUCUAUCCACACAGUUGGUGAAAACAACACCAUCAUAAUCUCCCAGCAGCCCUUGCGUUCAACAAGUGAUAUAAAUCAGGCUUGCUGUAGCAGUAAUUUAUCCAUACGAAACACAAGCAUGGCCGGAGUUGAACAGCAUUUGGUGUUAGAUGCUAACCAAGCUGUCGAAGUGGCACACUCAAGUGCGGUUUGUUUAGUUGAAGUAGCGGCCGUUACUGCUGACUCAUUCACUGUUGAACAGGCGGACACCAGCGCGCAAAUCGGGACACAGGUCGGUGCUGACCAGACGGAGGUGAGCGGUGCUGCUGUGCUUCAGACCGUUGGCCCAAAACAGGAAGCAGAAGUAACAGUUGCUUCGUUAUCUCUCUUAUCCCCAGUGGUUACUAUUACCAGUGGAAACUUGGGGAUGCAGGCGCCUGUUGCUGUUACACUUUCUCAUAUAGGAAACCAACCCUCCCUAAAUCAGACCCCAGGAGUCACUGUUGUAAGUGUCGCAAAGCCUGAGGUCUGUGUUUCUGCUCGUGACGGGACCAAAGAAACCCCCGCUGUCACCACAACGGCAUCAGUGACUGUUCAGAAUGUCGCCAUGCCCUCAGUAAGCAAGCCAGAGUCUUUCCGUGCCGCUCCUGGGGCUAUAAAUCCAAAGCUGCUCCUUCUCAAACCGGGAGAAACUCCUCUCCUGAAACACCCACCCUCCUUUUCAGUGUCUAAGCAACAGAAUGCAGACGGCAAGCUGGCCAAUGCCCACGGCUCCUGCUCCUGGUCUGGCACGGUGUCUGAGGAGUGCCUUCCCCAAACAGUCUCCGCUCUUAGCAGCUGCAGCAAUCAGACGCAGCGGGCUGUCAAGGAAUUGUCAGUGGUGGCAGCAGCAGGAGCUUCUGUCAAGCUAGAAAGUGGUAAUAUUUCUCUUGAACCCGACCCGGCUACACCUGCCACCCCCUCAACAACUACUAUAAGCAAACCUGAGGCCUUAACCGUUAGCAGAACUUUAUCCCAAGAUGUUUCCACAGCAGCCGCUACGCUGCACAGUUCGAGCAUGCUCACAGCUUCAGUCUCAGCAUCCACCAGCCCCGGCGACUUCCCCAGCCAACCCGAUUCCAUCUACGGGGAGGAAGACGGCGAGGACGUUGAGCAUGACGACCCUGCGGGAGAAACUGAGGUCCAGGAGAGCAACUCGGGACAGGUUAGCAGCCCAGAGGAAGGCAGUGAUGACGAACCCGACGGCGAAAAAAGCGAGAUGACCACCCCUAGCUCGCCACACAAGGUACGCCAGUGGAUUGCAGACAGGGUCACCGGGAAUUCUUCUCCUGGAUCACCCUCAACCUUCUCCUACCCCGGAUCCUCAACCACACCUGACUGGUCCACACCACGGCGGGAGAGGUCCUCGCCUCUCCGGGGUCCCCACGGAAAGUUUGUUUCACCUUCCUCUCUCGGUGCCUACAGUUCGUCGUCCUCGCCGCCAGACCAGGGCUCCUCUCAGCGGUCCCGCAGUGAGCGUCACACCGACAUGGCAGAGCUGGCUAAACAUGAAGCUGACAUCGAGCAUCGAACACAGGCACUGAAGCGAGAGGGCUUCUGGUCAAUGAAGCGACUCACCCGCCUGACGGAGCCACCGCGGCCAAAAGUUCACUGGGAUUACCUGUGUGAGGAGAUGCAGUGGCUCUCGGCUGACUUUGCUCAAGAGAGGCGGUGGAAGAGAGGCGUGGCCAGAAAGGUGGUGCGGAUGGUGAUGCGGCACCAUGAGGAGCUGAGGCAAAAGGAAGAAAAAGCAAAGCGGGACGAGCAUGCUAAAAUCAGACGAGUCGCCUCUUCUAUCGCAAAGGAAGUCCGGGCUUUUUGGAGCAGCGUAGAGAAGGUGGUACAGUACAAGCAGCAGUCCAGGCUGGAGGAGAAGCGGAAGAAGGCGUUGGACCUUCAGCUGGACUUCAUUGUUGGCCAGACGGAGAAAUACUCGGACCUCCUGAGCAAGUCCCUGGCACCCAUCAGGCCUGCUGAGACCGUCGUGUCUCCACAGAAAUCCCUGCCUAAUCCUGUCGAGGAGGAUGACAGAGACUUUGAACCUCCCUGUGAAGAGGAGGAUGAUGAAGAGACCAUAGAGGUGGAGGAGCAGCAGGAGGGAAAUGAUGCUGAGAGCCACCGGAGGGAGAUUGAACUGCUGAAGGAAGAGGGCAUGCUGCCACUGGACCAGCUGCUCAGCAGCCUCAAUCUGCCUCAGGACCAGGGCUCGGACGAAGAAUGCUCUGAUGAAACAUCUUCAUCAGAGGCGGGGGAGGAAGAAGACGGGGAAUUCACUGCCAACGAAGAGGAUGCUGAGGAUGAGGAGGACACGAUAGCAGCUCAGGAGAAGGUGGAAGGAAAUGUAGAUCAUGCAGAGGAACUCGAUGAUUUAGCCAAAGAGGGCGAUAUGAGCAUGGAGGAGUUGCUGGAGAAGUACAAAGGAGCGUAUGCCUCAGACUUUGAGGUCCCGUCUGCUUCUGGCUCUAAAGCGAGCUCUGAUUCGGAGGUGUCUGGGGAUGAGGAGGUGGAGACUGAAGAAGAUGAGAGUGAUGUGGAAAGUAACACUUCUUCCUCAGAUUCACCAGGCGACAGUGCUGAAGAUGAGGAGAGCGAGAAGGAUGAGGAAGAGAGUGAGGAGGAAGACGAAGAGGAGUGUGGAGAUGAAGGGAUGGAGGUUUUGCUGAAGGAGGGAGACAGCAGCCCGUCUUCCUCUGGCUCACGGCCAAAGAAGGAGAUCAGUCACAUUGCUGCUACUGCAGAGAGCCUGCAGCCCAAAGGCUACACUUUAGCUACUACAAAGGUCAAGACCCCCAUUCCAUUUCUGCUUCAUGGCACAUUACGAGAGUACCAGCACAUCGGACUCGACUGGUUGGUCACCAUGUAUGAGAAAAAGCUAAACGGCAUUUUGGCUGAUGAGAUGGGCCUUGGCAAGACAAUCCAGACUAUUGCUCUGCUGGCUCACCUCGCCUGUGAGAAAGGUAACUGGGGCCCUCACCUCAUCAUCGUCCCCACCAGCGUAAUGUUAAACUGGGAGAUGGAGCUGAAGCGCUGGUGUCCAGGGUUUAAAAUCCUUACGUAUUUUGGCAGUCAAAAGGAGAGAAAGUUAAAGAGACAGGGCUGGACAAAGCCAAACGCUUUCCACGUUUGCAUCACUUCUUACAAGCUGGUGCUGCAGGAUCACCAGGCCUUCAGGCGGAAGUCUUGGCGCUAUCUGAUCCUCGAUGAGGCUCAGAACAUCAAGAACUUCAAGUCCCAGCGCUGGCAGAGUCUGCUGAACUUCAACAGCCACCGGCGACUGCUGCUGACGGGAACCCCUCUACAGAACAGCCUGAUGGAGCUCUGGUCCCUCAUGCAUUUCCUCAUGCCCCACGUCUUCCAGUCCCACCGCGAGUUCAAAGAGUGGUUCUCCAACCCGCUGACGGGAAUGAUCGAGGGCAGUCAGGAGUACAACGAAGGCCUGGUUAAGAGGCUUCACAAGGUCCUGAGGCCGUUCCUGCUUAGGAGGAUCAAGGCUGACGUGGAGAAGCAGAUGCCCAAGAAAUACGAGCAUGUGGUGCGCUGCCGCCUGUCCAAGAGACAGCGAUUCCUCUACGAUGACUUCAUGGCGCAGGCAUCGACCAGGGAAACGCUGGCCAGUGGUCACUUCAUGUCUGUGAUUAACAUCCUCAUGCAGCUUCGCAAAGUGUGCAAUCAUCCCAACCUUUUUGACCCUCGACCCAUCCAGUCUCCCUUCAUCAUGCAACCCAUUAUUUUCCACACAGCCUCUCUGGUGCAUGACGCCCUGGAGGUCUCUCCUUUGAAGCGCUGCGACGUUUCCAUGUUUGACCUUGUUGGUUUGGAGAGCCGCGUGUCCCGUUACCAGGCAGAUGUCUUCCUGCCACGCUACAGGGUCAGCCGCCAACUAAUCCAGGAGAUCAUGGAGUCCCCCGAACCUCCUCCAAGGCCCAAACCAGUCCGCAUGAAAGUCAACAGAAUGUUUCAGCCGCCUCCUAAAGGUGACAAUCGCCCAGUUCUCCUGAUGAACAAACCUACCUGCUCCGUCCCCCCUGCAGCACAGACCCCCAAACCACCUCUAGUCACUGAAGUCACCUCAGCUCCUGCACCCGCUCCUGUAGUUCAGCAGGUGGUCUGUUCAGUCGCAUCCACUCCUCCUCGCCCAUCUCUUCAUCCUACCGCUCAAACUGCAGUGAGGUCCAAUGCUCCAAAACCGAUGCUGACCGUACGGCCUCCCACUGCUCCCUGCACAGCCACUAUCCCAGCUCAGCCGAGUCCAAACCCCAGCAAUGUCAUGCCCCAGAGGGUCCUGCUUAGUCCAGAUAUGCAAGCUAGGUUGCCUUCUGGGGAGGUAGUAAGUAUAGCCCAGCUGGCUUCUCUGGCAGGUCGGCCUGUGUCGUCGUGUCAAGGAAGCAAACCCGUCACCUUCCAGCUUCAGGGCAACAAGCUGACUCUGUCUGGAGCACAGAUCCACCAAGUUCCAGCAGCUUCCUCACGCCCAGUUCAAGGUAAUGUGAUAAACCUGGUCCCCGGUGGCGUGCAGCAUCACCUCAUCAGCCAACCUGCACAGGUGGCUGUCCAGAGUACAGUCAGCACACACCCUGCAAACAAUCCCUCUGCUGCCCCCCCUGCUAAUCGCCUGCCACACAACACCACCUCUCAAGUGUCCUCAACCAUGGUGAGCAGCCCUGGGGUCGUGAAGAUCGUUGUGCGUCAGUCAACAGGCAAGGAGGGCGGGCCUGUGCCCACCCUGGCUGUGGCCCCUUCCCCUCGUGUCGCUCCCCAGCCAUCCCCUUCCCUGCACUCACACGCCAACACGACCCCCGUCAGGAACACCGCUCCACUGCAAAUUGCCCAGCGCACCCCUGGUCCUGCUACCGCCCACUACACCAUAGCUCCUCCCAGAAACCCUAGCUCAGCCCCGAACCAGCCCCAACCCCCUCGCCCUGUCCUCAAAGUAGUGCAGCCUCCUCCUCCAUCGAGCACAGAACAGCCAGCUCCAGCUCAGGUGAGCGCCUCCUUUUCUGCUCCAAAGACCUCAGCAACACCGCGGGAAAGUAGCAGCAGCAGUCAGACAGCAGUUAGCACAAAGUCAAAGUCCAAUCUGGGUGCAAAAGCCUUCCCUCCACCCAGGAAGGUGCCUCGUCCCGCUCCCCGUUCGCCUUUCUACAUGUCAUGGCUUGCAGACUCCGAGAAACAGCAGCACGACAGCCGGCUGGACUUCAUCUUUCGAGUCAACGAACUCCACUGUGGAGCAAAGCCCAUGUACGGUCAGGAGGUUCUGGACUUCCUGACUUUCCUGCCCGGUCGUCAUCCAUCACCUGCUGCCCUGAACCCUCAGGGGGAGUGGGGCCGCUCUGGCCAGAGCAGCUGUCUGUAUGCACAGCAGCAAAACGAGCAUGACUACUGGUUUCACAGUCACGCUGUAAGAGAGGCCAUCCACAGCAUCGAAGGACGGCUGGAGCUGCUGAGUGACAUCAUAGACCGGUACACAUUUGCAAUUCCUCCAGUGGAGGCUCCACCCAUCUCCAUGCACUGCUGCCAUCCUCCGCCAUCUCUGAACCACAAGCAGGCAGUCUUCUCCUCCAUGUUAUCAGCUGAAGUCACGCCGCUCACUCGCAGCCUCCACCACGUCCAGUCCUAUAUGAGGACGCAGUUCCCUGACCUGAGGCUCAUACAGUACGACUGUGGUAAGCUUCAGACUCUCCACACGUUGCUGCGAAAGCUGAAGGCGGGAGGCCACAGGGUGCUGAUUUUCACUCAGAUGACUCGAAUGCUGGAUGUGCUGGAGCAGUUCCUCAACUACCACGGACACAUCUACCUCCGUCUGGACGGCAGCACCCGGGUGGAGCAGAGACAGGCACUCAUGGAGCGCUUCAAUGCAGAUCGACGCAUCUUCUGCUUCAUUUUGUCAACCCGCAGCGGCGGCGUCGGGGUCAAUCUGACCGGGGCCGACACUGUGGUGUUCUACGACAGUGACUGGAACCCCACCAUGGAUGCUCAGGCUCAGGACCGAUGCCACCGAAUCGGCCAGACCCGCGACGUCCACAUCUAUAGGUUGAUCAGUGAGCGCACGGUGGAGGAGAACAUUUUGAAGAAGGCAAACCAGAAGAGGAUGCUGGGAGAUAUGGCUAUCGAAGGAGGAAACUUCACCACGGCCUUCUUUAAACAGCAAACCAUCAGAGAGCUGUUUGAUGUGAAUGAGGGGGAGAAGAGGGAGGCGGCGGUGGAGCUGUCUGUGCCCCAGGCUGAGGAGGAGGAAGCCGUCAACAAGCAGAGCACCACCAUCCUGGAGCAGGCGCUGUGCCGUGCCGAGGAUGAGGAGGAUAUAGUGGCGGCCUCUCAGGCCAAAGCAGAGCAGGUGGCCGAACUGGCGGAGUUCAAUGAAAACAUACCGCUGGAUGACGGCGGGGAGCAGGAGGAAGUGGAGGAGCUCUCUAAAGCCGAGCAGGAAAUAGCCGCACUGGUGGAGCAGCUCACUCCCAUUGAACGCUACGCCAUGAACUUCCUGGAAGCUUCGUUAGAAGAUGUGUGCAAAGAGGAGUUGAAGCAGGCUGAGGAACAGGUGGAGGCUGCCAGGAAGGGUCUGGACCAGGCAAAGGAGGAGGGCCUGAAGCUCCACACAUCAUCUGAUGAUGACGAGGACGACUUUUUGUCAACACCAACUUCUGCCGAACCUGCCCAUCCAGCUCCAGCCCGCCGUGGUCGUAAACCCAAGGACAAGACUGCCACUUCUACAAGGACUAGCGGCCGACUCCGUGGGGCCUCGCCUGAAACUGAGCCUGAGCCCACGACUCCCAGAGAAGUGCCUGAAAGAUCCCGCUCAGGUCUGAGAGGACGAGGAGCUGCCAAAGACACAGGUUCUGUGUCUACGAUCCCAUUCCGCACAGACCACCACAAAACGUCAUCAUCCACCCGGGUUCAAGAUUCCUCCAAAUCUUCGAAAGCGUCAUCUCCCGCCAGAGAUCACCAGAACGCCAAAACCAGGACUCAACCAAACCGCUCCCAUCCCAGCCCAGUGCCUUCCCCUCCUACAGCCUCGCCCCCUGGUGGGAAACAGCAGUGUGCUGGGGAGACAGACAGUAAAAUCUCCAAAACAGGGAGGGAGGAGAAGGAGGUGGAGAAUGAGAGGAGGGCGUCUGAGUCAUCGCUGGAGUCCAGCUGUCCGGCGGAUCAUCAGACUAAGGAUGAUGACAGUAAAGACUGCGUCAUGUCUCCUCCCUCCACCAGCUCACGGUCGCCUCGCAAGCGGCAGUCAGCUGACGGUGAAGUGCUGCGGGGACUGGUUGAAGAUUCACCAUCAGCCAAAGUUCUGCGGAAGCUCCCGGGCCGGCUAGUCACAGUGGUGGAAGAGAAAGAGCCACGAAAGAGGCGGCGGCGAGGAAGUGGGACAGGAGGUGGUUGCUCUUCAGAAGAGGCAACGGCGGAGGACAGCGGUGCUGGAUUUGUUGACGAGCCAAACAAAGAGGACACCUCACCGAGCCCAGACGGCAAAACUAAAGAGACUGUUACCAAAUCCCCUCUGGACCAAGACGCUACCCCAAGUCCGCCUGUGCACCCUCAGCCUGUCAGAGGCUAUCCUCCAUAUUCCCCUCCUCAUCUGUCUCCUGACAUGCCAGUGCUGAGGAAUCUUCCCGUGCGGCGCAGAUUGGAAACCGAAUCUCGUAUGGCUGCCCAGAUGGGAGAGCAGCAUCUAGGGAGAGGACGGGGAGUGAACCAGUCCAAGAAAACGGACAUCCCACCAGGCAGAGAGCCUGCUUCCGCCUCUGCUGCGGAGUCCAGCGUGAACUCUCUCAUGCCACCUUUGAAAAGAAAGAGGGGCCGGCCCCCUAAGACUCCCACAAGACUACCUGAACUUGACAACGCAUCGACCACAUCCCCACAUCCCAUCUCAGCAAUUGAGGAAGGAAACCCGCCACUGUCCCCUAAACGUAAGAGGGGUCGUCCCCGCAAGGACUCAACGACCACGCUAGAGACCGUUAAUGAGAGCCAGAACUCUGAUCUAUCAAAAACUGAUUCCAGGACAGAACUGACGAUCUCAGAGACCCCGCCUCCUGCUGCUAUUUUUGAAAUGACUCAGUCUUCACAGUCGACCAAAGCUGAUCAGACAGACACUAAAACUGAGGCUUUGGCCCCACCUCCAAAUCCAGCCUCCUCAACAAAGUCAGAUGAAGUUUCCACACCCAUCUCACUUCCCACUUCACCUGCACCCCAGGUGACCUCACUGAUCUCUGAGCCUGCCUCUCCCCAAGUGGUUGCUUCAGCCCCAGCUCCAAGUCCAGCCCCAGCACCAGUCCUCUCUUCUUCCACGUAUACCUCCACCCCCGUCAGCAACACAGCUCCGUCACCACCUGUCAGCGAUGUCUCACCUCCUCCUCCAGGUGUUAAACCAACACUUGUGGUUUCCACAGUUUCAGAGGCUGCUGUUCAACCAGCUGUGGAGGCAACCACCACCACAACCACACCAAUUACACACUCCACUCCACCCACUACGUCAUCUUCCAAAGCUGUUAAAGACCCCACCCCAACACUCACAACAGCUGCUACCACAGUGUCUGUAACAGUUAGUAUUACACCACAAGUCACCACUGCAAUGGCAUCACCUCCAACUUCUUCUCUUGUGAAGGACUUGCCACAAGCCUCUCUAGCCUCCACACCCUCCAGUCAUCCUGUAUCGAGUCUGGAUACAGCUUCACCCAAGCAGACCCCUCCAACUACAGCUUCCCCCAAACAGACCUCCCCAGCUCCAUCUUUAUCCAAGCAGAGCCUUCAAGCUUCACCUUCCCCCAAGCAGACCUCCCCAGCUCCACCUUCGCCCAAGCAGACCUCCCCAGCUCCACCUUCGCCCAAGCAGACCCCUCCAGCUCCACCUUCGCCCAAGCAGACCCCUCCAGCUCCACCUUCGCCCAAGCAGACCCCUCCAGCUCCACCUUCGCCCAAGCAGACCUCCCCAGCUUCACCUUCGCCCAUGCAGACCUCCCCAGCUCCACCUUCGCCCAAUCAGACCCCUCCAGCUAUUGCUACAACUGUGACAGCUCCAGUAAAAACAGCACAAACCAGUAUGUUAGACUCAAUCCAGACCGUGUCUGACAAGACUUGUACAUCACCACCAGUCAAAACAGUGGCACCAUCUUCUGGUAAUACAGCUCCACCUUCCCCUCCAGCCAAAGCAAAGACAAUUGAGACUGCUAACAAAAGCCCGACCGAACAAGCAUCACCAACUGCAGAGGUUCAGGAACACGUAGAGCCCGAAAAGCCUUCAACAUCAAGUCCAGUCUGCACGCCUCCUCCAACUACACCAUCCACAAGUGCUGCUACACCUGCAGAGGCAAAGAAGGCUUCAGCAGCUUCAUCACCUCCAGCAGCAGAAGGAGUAACAACACCUUCAACUGCAGCGACCUCCAAAGUCCUCACUUCUUCUUCUUCUCCUCCCAAAACUGCAGAAAAGACUGACAAGACACCACCUCUGGUAACAGCUACAACACCAGCAUCACUGUCUGUCACCAUAGCUACAUCAUCACCAGAAAAGUCUACUUCCCUAGGGUCAACAACCAUAACCAUCACCCCUGCUUCAGUAGCUACAGUCACAGCAUCCACAACCAAAACAGCUCCACCGGUGUCCACUACACAAACCUCUGCAGUCACUUCCUCUCAGCUACAAACUUCUUCAUCCACAAGUGUUCCUGCACCAUCUCAGACCGAGGAAGCCACACCUGCUCCCAUAUCUGCUCCCUCAUCCACUCCCCUCGUUGCACCAUCUUUAGAGCCAUCAACAGAGAAAGAGUCAGCUUCUAAAAGCGACCAAGAAGAGGUGACAGAAAUGGAGACUGAAGCUGCGAUGAGUAAGGAAGACGACGACAAAAAGUCAGACAUUAGCCAGUCUCAGCCUAAAAGAAGAAAGGUGGAGAGUUCCUCUGAGACCAAAGAGUCAGGAAGGCCCCAAGGAGUGGGACAAGAAACAAAAACCACAACCCCCAUUCAGAAAGAUGAAGCUAACCCUUGGGAAGAAGAGAAAACUACUGAGGAUCAGAAACCUGCUAUCCAGAAAAGGUCACUUAGUCGCCAGAGUAGCCAGGAGUCUGCUCGCUCUUCUUCGCCAUCGUCUGGGUGCUCUACCUCAACCCUCACCCGCCAUGCUCACCACAAGAGGACCUACGAGAACAGACAUCCUACCAAGAAGAGGCGAGUGGAUCCUACAUCAGAGGCAGGGAAGGAGGACAAGGAGGAACAAGGCGAGGAGGAGGAGAAGAUAGAAGGGGGUAGUGAGACAGAUCUUCCCACCACUGCCUCUCGAAGGAGGCGCUCCAGGUCUCCUUCCUCUUCCUCCUCCGACUCUGACAGCGGCGACAGCAGGAAGGAGCACCGGCUCACUCGCUCAGCAAAACGCAGGCUCCAAGAUCAGGAGAAGGAAAAGUGCACCAAGGACAGGAAGGGAGACAAACCAGCACGCAGCACGGACAGAAACGCGUCAAACAACGCCAAUGCGUCCACGGGAGGAGAGUCGGGCAGCGAUACGUCCUCUGUUAGGAUCACCAGGAAGUCUGCGGGAUCACAGCCGCCACAGGACACUAAAACGCUGACCAACAGCACGCCCUCGCUACCUCCUGAGCCAGAGGUUCUAGGGAAAAGGUGCUCUGCACUAAAUGCAGCAGCCAAGCUUUUAGCUAUGAAAGGCAGGGUGGACACCCCAGGCCACACCCCUCGGAAAGACUCCACCCCUAAAGCUCCUGCGACUUCCACCACUGCCCCUUCGGACAAAAACCAAAAGCCUAAAAGUAAAAGUGUGCCAGCCUCUCCUCAGAGCAACUCUGUGACCAACAACAAAAGCAGCAAACCUUCAACACCCAAUCAGGCGAGCCGAUCUACAUCACGCUCCACCAGACAGUGCCCUGGCUCUCUGGUUCCACCCUUAGAGGUGGAGUACAAGAGGCCUAAACCAGAGGAGAAAGAGAGAGGGAGCAGGAAGUCCUCGAGGGGCAAGGAAGGCGAGGGAGAGACGCGGUCGUCGUCAAGGGGCCACAGCGCCUGCAGCAGCAUGAGCAGCGAUGGCGAGGGCGACUGCGGCGGACGCAGCAGCAGAAGCCGCAGCAGCAGCAACAGCAGCCAGCGCACCCUCAGCUCCCAGAACACGGAGCACCGAGGUUCCCGCUCCCGUGCCACUUCCUCCGGCAGCGAGCGGGAGAGGGAGCGCAGCCCUGAGCGGGCAAAGAGCCGUGACAAAAAGGAGAAAGAACAGCGAGAUAGUCGCAAGGACAGCAGGAGGUCCCAGAAGCUCUCGCAGGAUGUGACCAGCAGCUCGGGAACUGAGGGGUCAACGCCGGACAGGGUGCUACGGAGUGUUGCUGCACUCGCUGCAGUGCAGGCCCGGUCACCGGCCGCAAGCACCCGCUCCUCCUCAAGCCAACAGCGUCACAAUAAGACAUGAUUGGAGUGCCAAAAGGGGAGAAUUUAAAAAAACAAAAAAAAAAAACAGAAGCGAGGGUGUGGCAGAGCGUGAUACGAGAGCAUGGCGUGAUCUCCAAGGUUGCUGCUUUGUCUGCACUCUGAGGAAAGACAAGAGCAAACUGAGUGCUGCACAAGCCAGGGACCUCACCGCCUCUCGGGCCCUCUCCCUUUCUAGUCGGGGCGCGCCAGCUCUGCUUUUGAGCGCUGGGGGAAGGCUCAGGGACGCUGGACUGACGGUAAACAGGUGGCGCCGCUGUCGAGCGUCCAGAUAUGUGGACAUGCUGUGGAUAAAACUCACCACUUGGACUCGGAGGGGGUGGGGCGUGGGUGGGACAAAAGGUGCAAGUUGUUAGUUCACAUAAUGUACUGUAAUCAUUAAAAGACUGGAACACUCAGAUGCUCUGUUAAGACGGGGUUAAACGGCGCCCUCUGCUGGGGUUACCCAUGAAAAGUAAUUUGUGUGACAUUUAAAAGUGAGCGGUUGUAUUGUAAGUUGAAGGUUUUAGAAAGUUUGGUUUUGAGAUUUUCUGUCCUGACUAUUGUUUCUCUGUAGUCAGUUGAUAAGUUAUGCAUAUUUUAUUAUUUCUUCCAGGUUAUUAGGAAGAGAACAGAUCUGUCAAUGUGAUCUUUGCUGCACUAUGCUGGAGCUCGUCUUUUUGUUUGGCCCCUCCUCUCCCCCUCUUUGUUUAUUUUUAAAUUUUUUUUAUUUUCUCCAUGUCACUUUCUGUUCAUCGGAUUCGAAAAUCCAGCCUUGCAUUUCUCUUUUGCACAUCUUUAAUAACGUGGCCCUCGGCUUUUUUUCAGUACACCGUGGUGUUGUGAUGCGUUUGUUCAUCAACUGAAGUCGAUGAAUUGGUUCCUGGUACCUGACGAUGUUUGUCUCCAGUUUGGAAAAUGUAUUAUCUUUAGUCAAACCACAAAAUCCAGCUUUCAUCCCCCCAAAACGUCCUAAAGGCAGUUUAAAAAAUUACUUGUCACAAAGAGCCAAGUAAAUGUUGAGAACUGAAUUUAAGAGUGCCUCUGUGGCCAAAUGGUUUUGAACCUCAGAUUGCCUUGUGAAGCACCUGAAGCAGGGGUGUUACAUUUCUCUUAUUCAGUUAUUAAAAAAACAAAUUAAUCCAAAAAAUGACGUGGGGAAAAAUCCAACCCUUACAUGAAACAAGUAAGGAAAAACACCCCGAGCAUCAGUGCUACUGAAUUAAUGUUUUAUUUUUCACCUGAACUUUUUUUUUCCUUGUCUCUCACAUCAUCGAUUUUGGUUCAUGUUUAAGAAAAAGAAAAAAAGUAUACUUGGACAAAAUAAAAAAAAUAUGUGAAUAAAAUUACUGGUACAGUUUGAGAUGACUGUAAAUUGUCGAUUUACUUUUGAGCAAACGUGAUAUCUGGUGGGGGGGCGGGGGGGUAGUUUAUGGUGAUGGUCUUACUUUGAUUUCUGUCUCUUUUUGUUGCAUUCCUUUGAUCCUUGUAAUUCCACAUUGUUUUACUUGAAAAUUAUGGCAAUUACAGUUGAAU